AAAUAUUAAAUGAUUAUUCCCAGCACGCAAUUCAUGCAGCCAUGUAAUCCUUGUAGUGAAUAUAUAUUGUGAUAACUUCUUCGUCAGUAGGGACGUUCCUCUUGGAUGCGUAAAAUUUGUAUGCUUACGUAUCGCCGCUGUCGACAUUUCGUAAGAUGCUGCGGUGAGCUACCGUAAUCGUCUUCUUCAACCACUAAGAAUGUUCCAAUUGCCUACUAUAGCUGCUCUAGUAGAUGAACUGAGAUUGCUGGAAGCCGAGGGUCAUCUCUGCUUACUAACUAUGACUUUUCGAGUAGUUAGCGUCACCGAUAAAGAUAAGCCGAAGGCGGGGUGAUGCUCGAUAGAAGGGUGAUGGUGAACAGUGACAGCAUCAGAUAAAGUUGAAUUAACAACAAAAAUAAUACAAUCGACAUAUCCCAUAUUUUAAAGCAAUGGCCUCUCAACCACCAACUCCCAAGAAGAUCAUCAUCUUCGGUGCGACUGGUGUGAUCGGGAAAUACAUCACUCAAGCUCUCGUCGACAACAAAUCGAAGUUCGAGAGCAUUGCGAUUUUUACAUCACAGAAUACUGUGGAAAAUAAGGCGGCGGAGGUGGAACAGCUGAAGAAUGAAGGAGUCAAAGUCGUGGUGGGCGAUAUAAAGAAUGAAGAAGAUGUGACCAGCGCUUAUGAAGGCUACGAUACCGUUGUAUCAGCUUUGAGUCGCUCCACCAUUACCAACCAAACUCAGCUCCUCGCCCUUGCUGAGCGCUCGAACAGCAUCACCUCCUUUUACCCCUCUGAAUACGGCACAGACAUCACCUAUAACCCGCUGACUUCUCCCCAUGAAAAACCCCACCAAGACAAACUGCGUGUGCGCGCCUUUGUUGAAUCUUCCAUCAAGAGACUCCUUGUAACAUAUCUGGUCACCGGACCUUACUCGGACAUGUAUAUGGGAAAGCCGAUUGGAGAAGGUGGAAAAGCAGGCGGAUUUGACGUCAAAGACAAGAAGGCGGUUCUGCUCGGAAGUGGUGACGAGGAAGUCAGUUUUACCACCAUGGCAGAUGUUGGGAAGUUGCUCGUUGCGUCCUUGGAAACGCCAUUCGUCGCUUCGGAUGCUUCUUCGCCCAAUACCAGGAUUUUCAAAGUGAACUCUUUCACAACAACUCCACACCGCAUCCUUGCUGAAUUUGAGAAGCAAACUGGGGGUGAGAAGUGGAAAACAGUUUAUACACCGCUCGCCGAACUCAAGAGUCUAGAGUCGCUAGCUUGGGAGAAGGGUAUUCCAUCUGCGACUGCUUAUACGCUGAGACGGAUCUGGACCGAGGGCGGUACACUGUAUAAGCAAAGUGAUAAUGUGAAGGUUGGGGAUCCUAAGACGGAGAGCCUCGAGGAGCAAGUUCGAAAACUUGUGGGGAGAUAA